AUGGCUCAGAGUGAGGAGACCCUGUGGUCUCAAUAUGAGGACCUCGGCCUCUUAGGCGUGGGCGCCUGUUCGAAAGUAUGCAGAGCACACCACCGCCUGACAGGCGUCAGUGUUGCCAUCAAGGUCUUGGAGAAGGCGGAGGAGAAGUUCCUCAGAGUUACAGGGGAGGUGGACAUUUUGAAGACCACCACACACCCGAAUAUUGUGUCGCUGUUUCAAAUCGUUGAAACGGAAACCCGUAUCUACUUGGUUCUGGAGUUGUGCCAGACUGAGCUGCUGCAGCAUGUGCGCAGUAAUGGCUGCCUACAGGCCGAGGAGGCCCGCAGCAUUUUUUGCCAGAUUUUGGAUGCCAUCUGUUACUGCCACCGCCAAGGCAUAGCGCACCGUGACAUCAAGGCAAAUAACAUCAUGGUGGAUGACAGCGGCAAGGUCACAGUCAUUGACUUCGGCAUGGCCACCAGAUUUCUUCCAGGCCAGAUGUUCUCCAGGUGCUGCGGGGCAUACUCCUAUAUGUCCCCCGAGGUCAUCCAGCACCAAGCAUAUGAUGCCUCCAAAAAGGACAUGUGGGCCUUGGGCGUUCUUCUGUAUUUUAUGGUUACCGGGACCCUUGUAUUUAGGCAUAAGACAGUUUUGGAACUCAAAAAGAAGAUUGUCAGAGGGGACUACAAGGCACCUGAAUUCCUCUCCGAAGAAUUAAGGGCCCUAAUAAGGCUCUUACUAACCGUGGACCCAGAACUGAGGCCCAGAGCACAGGACAUCAAGAAGCACCCUUGGAUCCAGCAGGGCAAAGAGGGUUCAGAUCCUCAGGAGCCGCUCCCCAGACAGCUGGAUAAUGACAUCCUUUCACUUAUGAAAUUUAUGUGGUUUGACUUAGGGCAGACUGUUAAGUCCAUCCAGGAAGGAAAGUUUGAUAAAUUCAUGGCAACGUACCGCCUAUUGCAAUACGAGGCACAGAGUAGGGUGGCAGAAAAUGUCCAAGACAUACCCACAUGCUCAGGGACAAUGCCACUCCCCACCCUCACUGAUCCUUCUGCCUUCGCUCUGGCCCCGAAGAGGAAACAGUAUGUGCCAACCUUCUGGGUCUUGACUUCAUGCUCAAAAGCCCAGGAAGAGUCUGAGGAGGGCCAGCAGGCAGAGCAUGAGGCGUUCAGGGGUGCCAGCUGUCCUUGCUUACACCUGUCCUGCCAGAAGAGUCCCACGCUCACCCCAAGUCCCAAAUGUCUUCGCCCCCUUACUGCCCCAGGCACCCUCUGCCCCAGCCCUGGUCCACCACAGCUUCCAGAAAAGGCUAGUCUUCCAAUGAAAGAAGAGAGGCCUGAAGCAUGUGCCCGGGGCUCCGGUGUUCCAGGGAGCAGCCCCGGGCUCCUGGAGGAGGUCAUCGGCCCUGAGGUAACAAAAGACAAACUGGCCGCACCCACCCAGGGCACCCACAACAAAGGGAGCGGGCCAGAGCUCCUGGAGAGGAUGACCACCUCGGAGGAGCCUGAAACCCCAAACCCGCGCCUGCGCAGGCGCUGGAAGGCCUUGCAGGGGAGAAUCCAAAACUGCCUGCAAAGAUUCUGCAUCUGCCUUCCCCGAACUGCCUCCCGUUCAGGGACAACUUGA